AGAAUUCAUGUGAAUUCAUGAAAAACAAGAGUUGUAAUGUUAAUCUGACUAAAAACAUUAUUUAUUAGAAGGAGAAAAGAAUUGCAGAUCAAAGCGCUCGUUAUUUGUUGAGCGCUGUCGUGAUUUCAGUUUGAAAACCAUUUAGAAUGAUAUGAUACCUAAAGUAAGCAGUUUGCGAUGUUUUCCCAAUCACAAGCGUGUGGUAUGCCGCAUGAACGCAACACUCGGUCGACGAAGCUCUUAAUCGGUGCAGUGCUUUUGCCCAAAGUAUAGAAAAUAUAUAUAAAGGUAGAGCAUAUUACAAAAGUAAUAUGCCUAAGCACAAUCCAAUGUGUGCUGAAUUAGUGUCUUGCCUUAGGGUGUCGAAAUUUCCGCUAUAAGGCGUACUUAGCAAGUGCGUCGGUUCUUCGGUCCUAUUCAGAUCUGGAAUCAUGAGCUUAACACAAAGCUGCCUCUGCGAGCCAAGGAGCAACGGCAGGAACAGAAAGAGCAGUAGCAGCAUGUUGGACGACUUGGAUAAGGCCAGCAUCGUUGCCCAUGCCGACGACAAUGAGUACAUAUCGCCGGCCACACCGGAACCACAGCCGGAGCCGGAAUUUACCCAUUUGACUGAAACCAAGCGAGCGAUUCAUGAUGCUAUAGCAGCACUAAACGAAGACAGUUUCGACAAACGCAUGGCUCGCCUGCUCCCGCAGUACGAAGGUGCCAUUCGGGAGGAGUUUGAAAUUGCACAGUACUCGCCGCAGAGAUGUCGGAAAUUGGCCCGGAUCCUCACCGGACUCACUGAUGUCAUUCACAACAUAGGAAGGUCGGUGCGACAGGAGAAUGCCUAUCGCCAACGCAUGUGCAAUAUUGUGGCCUACUACAUAUCUUGUGAACUGUGCUCUGCCCAAGAGACAGUCGAAAAGGAAGAGUUCAUCAUCAAUCGAAUAAGCAGUUGUCUCAAUUUGUAUGUGGGAUACGCCGAUAGCGGCGCUGGCGUCCACAAGGAGCAUGUACUUCGCACUCUUCUUGCCGCACCAAAGCUGUUUAAUCGGGCUAGCAUUCUAUCGGUAUUGUACAGCCGCCUCUUUCCUCAUUGGUCUAUGCCUAACAUUAUGAUCCAAGCAGAGCUGCCGGACAAACUUUACAUCGAAUAUAUUCUGAUAUUUUAUUACUGGCAACGACUCGAGCCGGAUGAGGCCGUCAAGGAGCGGAUUGUCGAGUUCGCUGAAAAGUUUAUGCGGCCCUCCAAAACAUUGGCCACGAGAAGCAAAUACGCAGAGUACUUGCCCAAAUACAGUGUCCGAGGCACUGCCACGCGUUCUAUACUAAAUCAUCUGCGCCAGAAUAGCUGCACAAGUCUCCAUGUGGCGAUCAAAGUUGAGAAUCGGCCGCCCCACUCCAGCGAAGUGGUAAUCAGUUCGGAUGAUGAGGACAGCUGCCCGCUGUGGAGCAGCGUUAGGUCGAGGACGCCAACGCCUUCGUCAAGCCAGCAUCCCCCUGCCUUUCUCCAGAAUCUCUGCAAAAAUGCCCGCCAGCUGGAGCCCUGCAAAAGAGCCUCGGCUUUGUUUAGUGGCAUCGAUAACGCCAUUGAGAUUGUGGAUCUUCGCGACUCCGAUGAUGAUGUAGAAAUGUUCUCCCUGGAUUUCAAUGUGCCAGCCAAUGUGGACGGAAACAACUCGAACUCGAAUUCCAACUCAAAUGAUUCGGCCAGUCAGUCCCUUGCGGAAGAUGACUCUGUGCCCGUCACUCGGAUAUAUCCUACCAAUCUGAGGACAUAUGAACGAGGUCCAAGUGCAGCUGUCAUCUCUGUCUCCGUCUCUGUCCCACCCACCACGUACAUAGUGCCUCGUAUAGUCAAUAGCUAUAGCUGUCGGAGGGACAGCCUCCAUCUGGUGUCCACAACAGCCCCGCAUCUCGUGGAUCAGUCGGUGCAAACGACCGAGGAUGAAGCAGAGUUGGAGGAACAAACACAGGAAGCGGAUGCCCUGCCCACUUGCCCCCUCUACUUGGACAACCGUCUACCGGCCACAACCAAAACGAGAACCACCGACCUGCUCUACUCAAUCCAUAGAAACGCCCACAGUCAUUUGCCCAGGAGCAGCAGCGUAAGAAGCAGCGAUGCCAGCACCCACAUCCACCAGCACGUACAACACUGCCGCCAGCCAUCUAGUCAGAAUAGCAACUGCAGCGAAAGUUCGCUGCAGAAGAAACAGGUUACCUUUAGUCCCCAGCACCUGGGAGUCACUGCCUCGAGAGCGAGCAAAGUCUCAUGCAAGAAGCCAGACACGCCAGCCUCCAAGGCGGACCGCAUUGACACUCUCAAGUGGAUGGCUCUCAAAGAGCACAUUCAGGCCAGCGCCAAGAUGUUCGCCAAGCUGAACGCAAAUGGUAACAAUUGUGAUAAAGGAAGAUCCAGCGGUUACAAAGAGAUUACAGAGCUUCCGGGGAACAUGGCCUCGCCGGUCAGAAGUGCGCCUAGAGCGGCCCAAAUCCUAACGCCGACUACGAGCAACGCCUCCAGCUGCACGCCCACACGCAUGAGAGCUACACCCCGAGGGCGAGGGGAAUUGCCCACACCUCCAGCGUCUACGCACAGCUCGGCCAGUCCAUAUCAGAUACUCAGAGCGUCCACCGAUACCCUGAGCUCCAUUGACAUGGAUAAACUCGAGGUAAAUUCUAGAGUCUACAACUUCAAUCGACGCCUGUUCUCCAAGGCAGCCAGCGAGCAUGUGAGCUUCUAUAACCAGCUGUUGAGCGUGCAGCGGAAGAAUCUCCGGCAGCGGCGAUUGGCCAACCGCGCCAACAAGAGUAAUCUUGUGGAUCCGAGACAAGAGGAGCUUGUGAAAACGGCCAGGAAGCGGUGCCAACAGCUACGUGCUCUUAAUGCCAGUAGGCGAAGCGAGGCAGAGCAGCUGCAGAAGAACCUGACGGCCAUUAAGAAUUAUGCCAUGCGGGGUAAGCCCAUAGUAAGACUGAAACGUUGUAAUCUCAAUGUCUUGGCGGGAACUGUCGAAAAUUCGCAUCGAUUUUCCACCUCGUCAAAUGACCCAGUGAAUAGCGGUGUAUCUGAUAAGGAGCCGUGUGAGGAUAAUCAGCAGAAACAGAAACAGCAGCAGCUGGAGCAGAGUCAGGCGAAGCAACGACGUCGAAGGGGUCACAGCGUUUGGAAUCACAUUAAGAAAAAAAAGAAGCCUUCGUUGUUUGUACCAGACGUAGCAUCGGACUCGGCGCCAGUUGAGGUUUCAAAUGCAACGCCAGAGUCAGAUCGUGGAACAGUAACCGAGCCAGAUCCAAAAGAUCCAGAGCCAAUGCCAGCGGCAGCUUAUAAGGAACCAAAAUCCCCUCCAGAGGUUGGCAUGGAACUAGAAAUUCCGGAAGACGGUCUGGUGACGGAUGACAGCAACGCCGUGGCCUCCCCUGCCCACAACAUCGAAUUGGUGACCAGCAAUGUGCCGGUGUACCUGCUCAACGGAGAGAGCCGCGAUGUGAGCACCCCUCUAUCCAGCCAAUUCAGUAGCAGCGGAUCCACAGACCCAGCAGCUGCUAAUGAUACCUUUGUCCCAUCGAGAAAGGAUUAGGCCUUCUUCCUUUCCUUUUCCCUAGCCUGGAUAGUAUUUUAGUGUUUUGUUGAUAUUUAGAGAGUAUCCAUCCUGUAAAACCGUUGUACAGUUUAGGUCUAUUAUCUUAAUGCAGUUUCUAGAAAAUUACGAAUUACGAAUUGUUAAAAGUUUUUAUUAUUAUUUUUGUACAU